AUGGUAUACAUCUAUCUACACAAAGCAUCGCUGUUAAUUAAAAGUCAAGUGUCAGUGCCAACAAUUCCGUUGCAAUGGCUCGUACCAAGCAGACCGCCCGUAAAUCUACCGGAGGUAAAGCUCCUCGUAAGCAGCUGGCCACCAAAGCUGCCCGUAAAAGCGCUCCAUCGACAGGAGAGCGCCGCCAUUGGCGCCCUCCAGGAAGCAAGCGAAGCUUAUUUGGUGGGUCUCUUUGAGGACACCAAUCUGUGUGCCAUCCACGCUAAGAGGGGGCGUUUUUGUCCCACUUUUUCUUUUUGCAUCCACACCCCGCCUAAAAGUUUGGAAGGAAACAAAAGGCAUCCUCCUCCUACUGAACAUUUAUUUCCUUUUCUCUUGAGCCCCCUUUUCUUUCCUUCCAUCUUUUUUUUUUUUCCCCCCCCGCGGGACCAAAACGACUUUCUUCGUAUUUUUUUUUUUUCUCCCCUAAAUGCCUUUUCCCUUCUACGUUACUUAUUUGUUAUAAAGUAUAUUUCCUUCCCCUUAUCAUUCUUCCUUUCGGAAGAGAGAAUCAUCUUAUGA